UGGUUAGUAACAGUGCGUUAUUCCGAGAAAGAAAAAUGGGAGAAAACGAGGGAUUUCCUUUAUCCCACAUGUUAACAGACUUUAAUUCUAUACAUACGUCUUUACUGUUGGAAAAUGAAUAUCUGAAGAAUAAAAAAGAAUAUCGAAAGAAAUUAUGCGAUGAAUAUGUUGCUGUUACAAAAUAUAUUACUUACCUGGAAGACCUGCAGAAAGAAAAAAUUGGCCGGGAAAAAUUGAUUAAUGAUAGUAUUGAGAGUGCGUGGAAUACACAGCUGUUAUUGAAGGAACAUAAAAGCAGUCUUCUUAAAGAGUUGAAGAUGGAACAAAAGGGAACAGCAGAAUGGAAGAAUAAACAUGACUCCAUCAUUGCCAAAUAUGAAAAAACUUGGGAACAUUAUAAGGGAAUCUACAAUAAACUUCCUGUUUCUCGUGAAAGGACAGAAGUGCAGGUUGAGUUUAAGUUGAAGCACAUUAAGUUGAUGCAAUUCCAAGUGGAAAUAACAGAAAUCAAACGUAAAUGUUUAUGUUUGGUGCAAGUGCGAGAAAAAAAGAAGCGACUAGAAGUUGUGAAACUAGCAGAAGCGUACAAAGACAGAGAAGUCUUCUCAAAAAAGAUUGCUGCAUUGGGCCAGGAAAUCAGGAAAUUGAGGGAUUUGGUUGACGUUAAAAAGACUGAGAAGCAAAGGUUGAUAAAUGUGAGCGUCAAAAACCAAAAUGAAAACAGCGCCCAACAGGAUACGCUUGCUAAUUUAAUUCAAAAGACUGUCAUGGACAUCCCGUGUCUUACUGUUCCUCAGUUACAGGAAAUUGAGGGAUUUGGUUGA